CCAGACCCUCCACUAGGACUAUAUGAUCUUUGAUCAAUUUUAAGCGGUGUUUCCAAAAUGUUUUAGUAAUAGUGCAUUUCCAAAAAAGAUGACUUAUUGUUUUGGGAUAUUCUUUACAAAAUGUGCAGUUAGGAUUAAUUGUUUUAAUAUAUUUUAGCAUAAAUUGGUUAGUAGGGUAAAUUUUGUGCAUAAGUUUAAAGGAGACAUCCCUCAUCUUAAUAUAAUUUUUUGAUUCACAGUCCAUCCUUUCUUUCAUAUAGUGUUAGGGCCAAAAUUUCUCCAGUAAAACCUGGCAGAGGGUACAGAGGUAACCUCUUGUUGGAACAGAGCACGUAUUUUCCGAUUGUUCCUACGAACAUGACUAAAACAAACUUUAUAGUAAUAUAGUGUAUGAAGUUCCUACUUUGAGGGCUUUUAUUAUGACAGACCGGAUGUUGUGGUUUGUUUCUCGGCCUCUGAUUGGCUGUUUGACAGGAGGCUGAGGUCUGCGUGCGCCUGCCUUUCUUUGAUGAAAAAACGAAAGAAUUUAGCUAAAUAUUUUCACAUUUUCGCCUCAACUGCAGUCUUACAUGUUGCUUCGCGAUACAUAGAAAGGGAACCAGUGCACAGGACUUAUGCACUCAUAUUUCCUGGUUCGAGUAAGGACUCGAGGUGCAGCUUUCUGGAUGUACUGCAGUGUCUCACAGCUCGUUUGGAGAGGCCAGUGACCAAGCUGUUACAGUAGUCCAACCUGCUGGAGACAAACGCAUGGAUAAGUUUUUCAACAGAUCACUUCUCCAGAGUUGUUCUUCAUGAAGACAGAAAGGCCAGAGGGCAGACUGAGAAAGAGAAGUGCAGUGUCUGUGACCCAUCCCACCCUGCACCCAAAGGACACUGGGACAAGCAUGAGGCUGGUUAAACGCUUAGCUGCUAACAGGAGGUUGCUGGCUCUACUCCUGGUCUUGGGUUUGUUUACUUUAGCGCGUGUUUCUCUCCCCAUCUUCGAAUCUCCGCCUCCUCAGCCGCUGGAGUGGCGCGUGGACCCCGCACACAGAAAGCUGGUACAUAAACACGUCCAGAGCAUUUUGGAUGGAGAGUGUGUUCGGGGUCAGAUGCGUCAGGCUUUGCGCCGCCUCCUCCCAGACUCCAGUCAAAACACCAGACCUUUCCUUUGGCGGGACAGCUCUCUGCCCGAGGAAUUCUUCUUGUUUCCUCCUCCAUUUGGAUUCAAAGGACUCAGGGACCAGAUCACAAAUGUGCUACAACUGUUGCCUGAGUCGAGCUCUCAGGUGCAGCUGGACAAAUGCUCUCGCUGCGUCGUCGUAGGCAACGGAGGAAUCCUCAAAGGCCUGGAGCUUGGGCCAUUCAUCGACCAGUUUGACACCAUCAUCAGGUUGAACAAUGGUCCUCUGGGGAAGUUCGUUGCUGAUGUGGGGAAUAGAACCAGCGUCCGCAUGGCUUACCCUGAGAGCACCGCUCUCCUGUGGGCAGACUCCGACCCGCACGCUCUGUUUGUGGCUGUGGUUUACAAAGCUGUCGACAUCAGAUGGGUGUCUGCCAUGAUCAGGAAGACCUAUGUGGCUCUCUGGGAUCGUUUUUUCUUUUGGCAGAAGGUUCCGGAUCAUGUCCCGAUUGAGUCCCACAGGUUCAGACUCUUAAAUCCAGACGUAAUCCGAGAGACCGCCCUGGACCUGCUCCAGUACCCCACUCCAAGAUUUCGACUGUGGGGAUGGGACCGGAAUGUCCCUACUCUUGGUGCUACUGCGGUUACCUUAGCCAGCCUCCUCUGUGAUCAGGUCAGUCUGGCUGGGUUCGGCUACGACUUCUCCCACCAGGGGGCACCACUGCACUACUACGACCACUUAGUCAUGGACCGUAUACUCCAAGAGAAGAUGCACAACGUAAACAGGGAGACGGAGCUACUCAAAAGUCUGGUUAAAACUGGAACCGUUUCUGACCUUACCGGAGGGAUUGAAAGUAUACAUCCAAGUUAGCAACCUUAGUAUGGAAGGUAAUUUGUCCCAUCAGAUUUUGAAUUUUAAAUACGACUGAAUUUGUCACUUUGAAUUUUUUAACUCUGAGAAAUUCAGACAUUCGCAGUGAAAAAUUUCACAGCAAAAAUCCAAGAUGCCAAGGCAGAAGAAAUUGAUCAUAUGAGCAAGGAGGACAGAGGCUGUUUCCUAUUGGCUGUUCUCAUCUGUGGUUUACACUAAAAUUAAAGAGAUGAGGUUUCGAUGAGGCUUAUUUUUUUUUGUGAUAACAUUUUUAGGGGUGUCAAAUUAAAACACCAUGAGUACCAUUCAAAGUUAGGGAGGCCCACUCCUCCUGAAGAUUUUAAUCUAUGUAGAGUUGUGGUCUUAAUUCGGGGCUUCCUUUUAUUCCAUAAGAAUGUGUUUAUGAGAGUGUAAUUUCUUAAAGUAACCUUGCGGUGGUGCUAAAGGUAGCAUGGAGCCUAAAAAAUUAAUGUGGGGCAAUAGAGUAAUUUUGAUUACUGACAAACGAGCCUGAAAAGACAUUGGAAGAGAGGUCCAUCUUUUAAGAUCUCCAUCUAUGGUCUACAACAAGUUUUUAUAAUUGUUUUCAAUCAGGGAGUUGAGAGAGGAAUUAAUAUAGACCCCUAAAUAUUUUAUGCGUUGUACUACUGGUAUACUACAAGAGGGUUCAUUUAAUGUUGUUGAUCCCAGAGGCAUCAAAGCAGAUUUAGCCCAAUUCACCCUGUAACCAGAGACAUUUCCAAACAGUUCAAAUAUAUUAAGAAGAUAUGGUAUUGAUUCUGAUGGGUUACUAGUGUAUAUUAAAAUAUCAUCCGCAUACAGGGAGAUAUAAUGGGCUGUAUCAUGUAUUGUGAUAGGCGCCAUUUUUCCUGAUUGUCUUACUAAUUGCGCGAUAGGUUCCAAAGAUAAACAAAAUAAAAGUGGCGAUGGGGGCAGCCCUGGCGUGAAGAACGAGACACACUGAACCUGGAUGAACACACAUUAGCCGUUAACACAAGUGCAGUGGGAUUAGCAUAUAAGGUUCUAAUCAUAUUAAUAAAACCAGAUGGAAAACCCAUAUGCUGCAGCACAUCCCACAGAUAGCCCCAUUCCAACCGGUCAAAUGCCUUCUCUGCAUCAAGUGAUAGAAUGGCAUUUUGAUUUGUAGAUUGGCAGGAUGAUUCUAUGAUAUGGAGAAGGUGUCGAAUGUUAUCAGAGGCUAAUUUAGAUUUGAUGAAGCCUGUUUGAUCAUAGUGGAUUAAUUGAGGCAUAUGUUGUUCUAGUUGGCUAGCAAGUAUCUUUGCAAAGGCUUUGAGCUCUGUGUUGAGAAGACUGAGCGGCCGGUAGGAGGAGCAGUCUGUCGGUGGCUUAUCUUUUUUGAGUAACAAAGAGAUAAUCGCCACAUUGGCGCUGUCAUUGAAAGAUCCUUUGAUUAUUGAAUAGCUGAUCAUGUUCAAGAGUAAAGGGCCAAGCUGAGGCCAAAAAGCAACAUACAGUUCUGGUGGCACACCAUCUAACCCAGGCCAUUUACCCUUAUUCAUAGAAUGAAUGGCUUCACUUAGUUCAUUUAAUGUUACAGGUAUUUCUAAAGCAUUGGCAGAUUCAGGUGGCAGUUUAGAUAAAUUAAGGGAUCUUAAGAAAUCACUACAGGCUUUUUUGUUAUAUGUCACUUCAGAUAUAUACAAUUUCUUGUAGUAAUUCCUAAAUGUACUAUUAUUUUUUCAGGAUCUGAGGUGACAGUGCCUCCUUCGGUGGCUAUAGCAGAUAUAUUUGCCGGUUGUUCAUUGUUACGGAUUUUAUAGGCUAAAAGGCGGCUUGGUCUGGCACUCUUUAAGUAAUGUUUCUGCCGCACCCACUGUAUCUGAAAUUCAGCUUUCUGCCUUAAUAUUUCAUUUAGUUGUUGAAUUUUAUCUUGCCGAGUUUUAGUGUUUUCAGGUGUCACAUUAGUAAUCAUUUCUCUUUCUAUAGCAGCUAUUUCUGUUUCCAGGUUGUCAAUUUUAAGCUUAUUUGCUCUGUUUAGUUGUGAGGAAAAGCUUAUUUCAAUAUUCCGUAUGCACCCUUUAACUGCUUCCCAUAGUAUUCUUGGGUCAUCCACAGAGUCUUGGUUCACUCCAAUAAAGAAAUCUAAUUCCUCUGAAAGGGUUUUCAUAUAUUUAUCAUUGUAUAACAAAGAAACAUUAAAUUGCCACCUGGGAGCCCUUGAUUGGCUGGAUUUUGGUAUAAAUGAGCAAGAUACUGUUCUGUGAUCUGAUAAAGCGCAUGGAGUCAUUUCAGUGCUGCAAAUGGUUUGGAACAAAGGCUUUGAAAUAAAUAUAUAAUCUAUUCUGGAAAAAGAUUUGUGGCGUGCAGAAUAAAAAGAAAAUUCUCUGGCAUCAGGAUUCAUAAGUCGCCAAGCAUCACAUAAGCCAUACUCUUUAACUAACUUUUGAAGUUCACAUGAAGCCAUUUUCUGGUCACUGCUCUCCCUCUGCCCUGAUCUGUCCAUGUGGUGGAGCCACACUGCAUUGAAGUCCCCUCCAAUUAAAAGGUGAUAAUCAGGGAGGUCUAGCAAAAUAGAGUUCAAGGUAUCAUAAAAUUGGUAGUUGAAUACAUUUGGAGCAUAAACACACACUAGAGCAAUUUUCAGACCAUUAUACAAAAUUUGCAAAAUGCGAUGCGGCCAUCUUUACUACCUCCUCUGCCCAGGUUGAUAUACGAUAGAUUCCUUCUAAUUGCAAUGAGGACACCUCUAUUCUUUUUGGAAUGGCAGGAAGUAGCUCCAACUUUAAAAUAUUUGUUCUGAAAUUUGUGUGUGUCUGCUUCCAAAUAAUGUGUUUCUUGUAUGAAUGCAAAAUGUGUAUUUUUACCUAUACAAUAAUAUGCUUUGGCGCUUUGGAGGGGAAUUUGAGUCACGAGCAUUUAAAGAGUGCCCUCGCUGAAGUUUGAUAGUGGCCGGGUACAGGAGAAAUGCGUAAAAUCCUUUGACACAAGCCUCAUGCAUCGUUUUAUAGCAGGCUCUCUGACGCUUAGAUGUAUGCUCGCUAUAAUCCGCUGCAAACUUCAGAAGCGAUCCCGCAACCUCCGGAGCGUUCCUGCGGGCCUCUUUAAGCAGGGCGUCUUGAUCCGUGAAGCGCAGGCAGUUGAUGAUCAGCGGGCGCGGUCGCAGAGUCUUCCCCGGUGGAGUGGACCGUAGCUGGCCGAGUCGAUGCGCCCUCAUAAGCUCCGGGGGGGCAGGCGCAAAAGCUGGAAACCACUUCGGGAUGUUCUCUCUCAGGUAGGCCAAGGUGUUCGUGCCUUCCACACCCUCCUUGAGAUUGAGAAUGAGCAGGUUAUCCCUCCGUGCUCUGUCCUCCAUUUCUGUGACUUUGGCUGUGAGCGCAUGGAGUAAGGUAUCGCGCUCAUCCACUGCCUUUUCCACUCGUGCCACAUGUUCUUAGAGCGUGCCUGUAUCUUGGCACAAUGUCUUGAUUUCUUCAGUAUGGCGAGAGAGCACGGCAUUCAUACUGUCCAAGCGCUUUUCAAGUUUUGUAUGCCGAGCCUCAGAUUUUUCCUCGGCCUCUUUGAAAUAUUUUGCCAUAGUUUCUUCUAUUGACUUGACCAGGGCCGUGUUUUCCAGGCCAAGAUCUUUGUUCAGCUCCGUUGCCAUAGCUCGUAUUGUCGCAGUUUUUUCCCUUGUUGCGCGAGUAAACAUAGGCACUCGAUCUUUCUUGUUCACCCGUAAAAAGCAGACUUUGGUGAGAUUAGAGGAGGGAGGCUUAUUUUGACCAAUCAGAUCGCGUCACUGCAACAUUUCCUGUUUCUUACUAAGUUAGAUCGGAUCACUUUGGAUCGAUUGCUUCUGCCUUGGCAUCUUGGAUCUUUACUGUGAAUUUUCUUCACUGUGAAUUUUACACUCUGAAUUUUGACUGUUGAAUAUGAAGGCUUGAAAAUAUUUGUGCUGAAUAUUUAAAAGGUGAUUUUUUAAUAUUAAAUUUUAUACACUAAAAAUUUACACUUAAAAUGUCAGCAAACAAAAAUUCAUAAUAAAAAUAAUUCAAACAUGUUUUUUUCAGAGUAAAAAAUUUGAAAGUGAGAAAUUCAACAGCAUUUAAAAUUCAAAAUUUGAUGAAACUAAUUAUCUUUAAUACUUAGCAGGUUGAAGGUUAAGGAUGAGGUUGUGAGUUCAAUUCCUAAGUCAACUGAAACUGAAAAAUAACCACUUUGCAAUAGUAGAUGAAUAGCUGCCCUGUCUCCUCCUCACAUUAAGGAGGUUGUGGGUUAGACUCCGUAUUUUUUAUUUUUUUUAUAAUUAUAUAUUUUUUAUUUAAGAACUGUUAAUGACUUUUGAUAAUGUUAGCACAGCUGGUCUGUGCUUGAAAUUUAAGUGUCAGCAGUGAGUUUAAUAUAAAAUGUUUUCAAUCUUUAGCACCUGCAAUAAGUUAACAGCAAUUCAAAUUUGAACGAAGUCAGUUUCUGCAAUGUAUUUAAUGUAUUAUCUUAAAAAAUAUUAUGAGUUAAGUGGACAACUUCCUUUUACGUUGUAAUGCUAACUGUAGGCACUGCUGUGUUACUAGUUAGGCUACGUUCAAACUGCAGCCUGAAGUGACCCAAAUCUGAUUUUUUGGCCCCUAUGUGACCUGUAUCUGAUCUUUUAUUGACAGUCUGAAUGACACAGAUCCGAUUUUUUCAAAUGCGACUCAGGACACUUGGAUAUGUGGUCCUGAAACCGAUACAUAUCUGAUCUUUUGACAUGCGACUUCAGUCUGAACGGCCAAGACGCAUUCAUCCGACCAACACAUUAUUAACAAGCCACAAACAUCACUAUUCUGCGCUGAAGUAGGAGAAAAUUGUUAAUGAACUUUGUGUCACUGAAGCGAAGCACAUCACCACUCACCACUCUUGGCUACGUCUCCACAUCCACAUGUUCCUUUCUACGGACGUCGCUGCCGCUGUCCCACAAAACACCACGGCCAAAAACCUCGUCCUUCUCCUUCUCAAUCUCCUCCUUAAAACAAGUAAGUUGUUCAUGUUCUGGUUGCGGUACGAGAGGAACUUUAAAAUCUCCAGGUGCUCAAUGCUCGCGUUCAUGUUUGGACAACUUUCGUAAACACAGAACACGCUCACUGCGGUUGAUGUCGUUGUGUCUCCAGUGCACAUGCGGGACACUUUCAGGCUGUUUACUGUUCACACUGGAGAUCACAUACAAGUCACAUUUAAUUCUGAAAUGUGAACAACCUCGCAAAAACAUCGGAUUUCACAAAAAAAUCGGAAUUGAGCGUUAAGCCCUGCAGUCUGAACGUAGCCAUAGACUCUGAGCUUCUUUGAACACAGUCUGACCAGAAAUAAAUUAUUUAUCUUAAACUGCAUCAGCUGAUUUGUGCUGUUAGACAAGUCAAUUUCAAGUCACUCUCACGUGUUUUUGUUGAAACUCUCUCAGCAUUUUCUGUUUUAUUGUUUUAGCUUUUAUACAUUGGCUGUGUUUUUAUGUCUGUGACCAACUGUACGGGGUAGUUUAAAAAGGCUGAAUAUAGCUAAUCUGGAAAUGUAUGUCUGCUUUGUUUUAUUUUGAACAAUGAUUUUUAAACAUGAGAAAUAUAAAUAAACUGACAUCGAACUAUGAGCUAACUUCAACAUGCAUAAAAACAAAAUCUCUGUAAGGAAUAACGUGCACAAAAUAGUAUAAUGGUGUCAAGUAUGAAGCAAAUAAACUACUGACUCUUCUACUAGCAUAUUUGAAAUCUUUUGCUCCAUCUGACCAUCUCCUCUGCUCCUCUGACCAUCUCCUCUGCUCCUCUGACCAUCUCCUCUGCUCCUCUGACCAUCUCCUCUGCUUUUCUGACCCUCUCCUCUGCUCCUCUGGUUUUCUAACCCUCUCCUCUGCUUUUCCGACCCUCUCCUCUGCUUUUCUGACCAUCUCCUCUGCUUUUCUGAUCCCCUCCUCUGCUCCUCUGACCAUCUCCUCUGCUCCUCAGACCAUCUCGUCUGCUUUUCUGACCCUCUCCGCUGCUUUUCUGACCCUCUCCUCUGCUUUUCUGACCCUCUCCUCUGCUCCUCUGCUUUCUGACCCUCU